CCGGAUGCUGGGGUCUUUUCCCAGUACCCCGAGUGCCUCCUAGUCCUUCCUUAGUGGAUCCCAGUGGGUCCCACUCCUUCCCCAGUGCAUCCCAGUGCCCCCAGCCCUUCUCAAUUGGGUCCCAGUCCUUCCCCAGUGUGUCCCAGUGCCCCCAGCUCUUCUCCCACAACUCCCAGUCCCUCCCUGGGUAUUCCCACUCCUUCCCCAGUGCAUCCCAGUGCCCCCAGCCCUUCUCCAGUGGGUCCCUGCCCCUCCCCAGGGACUCCCAGUCCCUCCCCAGUGGGUCCCAGUGCCCCAGUGACAGGCUGGGUGCCGCAGCACUUCGGGUGCUGGCUCGGCUGAUGUUGGCGGAGACGGAAGAGUGGUGCUUGCCCGGCCACAGCUUUGAGAUGCUGCGGGUGAUGCUGGAGCAGGACCGCAUCCUGCACGUGGAGCUCCACCACCCUGAGAAGAGGAACGCCAUGAACAUGACGUUCUGGAGGGAGAUGGUAGAGUGCUUCCAGGAUAUUGGCCAGGACUUGUCCUGCCAUGCCAUUGUCAUCUCAGGUGCUGGGAAGAUUUUCACGGCUGUGCCCGAAGCCAGUGAUCACAGCAGUGCAUGGCACCUGCGUCGGCGCAGUCUCAUCAACAAACUGGCCUUCACCACCCACAAGAUAAUGGCCCCUGAAGCGCAGAGUUCCAGCUUGGUGAGCCCCUCUCUUGCCCGCAGCCGGGUGUUUGCCGAUAAGGAGACGCUGCUGCAGGGAGCCUUGGAAGUGGCCACUGCCAUCGCAGCCCGGAGCCCCGUGGCUGUGCAGGGCACCAAGGUGAACCUGCUCUGCUCACAGGACCACCCUGUUCCCAAGAGCCUCUGUUAGGUGGUGAGCGGUCCCCUCCCCUCCUGCCGGGACUCCCGGCCCCAAAAGGCUGCCACGCUCCCUCCCUCAUCGUCCCUGUUCCCCCUCCUUGACUGUGAUGACGUCCCUGUCUCCACACUGUUGCCAUCCCUGUGCCCGUCUUUGUCCCCUAGUGUCGUGGUUUAACCCCAGCCAGCAACUAAGCACCACGCAGCUGCUCACUCACUCCCCCCCACCCAGUGGGAUGGGGGAGAAAAUCGGGGAAA